AUGGCUGAGCCGAACGGCUCACAGCCACCUGGAAAUGGCUCUUCUGUCUCGCUCAAUCCCGCCAGACGCAACCGGGCUCCCACCAUCACGAUAGACACCUCCGCCGUGCGAAGGUCAGAAGACGGAAUGGACCAUUCGGAAGAAGCUGCAGGUGAAGGCACACCAGGUAACAUGGGAUUGCGGCCAUCAUCAAACUCACUUUCCACUCCCACCGACCUCCAGGGCAAGGGGAGCUUUGAGAGCAGGGAGUCAAGACCUACUAGCCCUCACAACGUCUCCUCUCCGGCGCAGUGGGCUACACAUGGCUUUUUGUCAGUACCAACGGGACGGAGUCGUGGCGGCAGUAUUGAUACCGAGGGCGAUGCUUCAUCCACUUCGGAUGCUACCUAUGUGAAUUCGCACACCCCAACCAGCGAUGUACCGCUCAAGGCGUUCAGUCAGUCGUCCACCCAUGAUGCUGGAGAACAUCAAGUACUGCCAGACGAUGAAGCCCUGAGACCGGAUCCCGGAACGGAAGACGAGUUUAAGAGGGAAGACAACCCUUUUGCUUUUGCGCCCGGGCACAUGACCAAGCUUUUCAAUCCCAAGAGCUUAGGUGCAUUCCAUGCUCUCGGUGGCUUGGUAGGCUUGGAGAGAGGCUUACGUUCGGAUCGCAGCACCGGUCUUAGCGCCGAGGAACACCACUUGGAUGGCCAAGUCUCGUUCGAAGAUGCUACCAAAGGUGGCAGUCCAUCAUCCGACAAAACAGUCGUUGCGGAUCCAGAGGGCGCCCGCCCUGAUGAGAAGUCAUCAAAUGGCACCUUUGUGGAUCGGAAACGUGUCUUUGAUGAGAACAAGCUGCCGGAGCGGAAACCCAAGAACAUAUUCCAGCUUAUGUGGCUGGCGUACAAUGACAAGGUGCUCAUUGUCUUGACCAUCGCCGCCGUCAUUGCUCUUGCGCUGGGUAUUUACCAGGCCAUCGACCACGGUGGAGUUGAUUGGAUCGAGGGUGUCGCCAUUAUCGUUGCUAUUGUGGUCGUUGUCACGGUCGGUGCGCUCAACGACUGGCAAAAGGAGAGACAGUUUGCGAAGUUGAACAAGAAGAAGGAUGCGCGCAACGUCAAGGUCGUUCGAUCUGGAACGACUCAGGAAAUCGAUGUCCAGCAGCUUCUGGUUGGUGACGUACUGCUCGUCGAACCUGGUGACAUUCUCCCGGUGGACGGUAUUUUCAUCGCCGGCCACGCGGUGAAGUGCGACGAGUCAUCAGCUACUGGUGAAUCCGAUGUGCUCAAGAAGACUCCCGGUGAUGAGGCCUUCCGUGCCAUGGAAGCAAACGAGCCCCUGAAGAAGAUCGAUCCUUUCAUGAUUUCCGGUGGGAAGGUUACCGAAGGCUACGGGCGCAUGCUCGUUACGGCUGUCGGCAUCAACUCGUCUUACGGCAAGACUAUGCUUUCGCUACAGGAGAGCAACGACAUGACACCCCUACAGGCCAAACUGAACAAGCUCGCCGAGUACAUUGCGAAGCUUGGCAGUGCAGCGGCGCUGCUGCUUUUCAUUGUCCUUCUGAUCAAGUUCUUAGCUCAGCUACCACACAACAGUGCAUCGCCGGCCGAAAAGGGUCAGGAAUUCAUGACCAUCCUCAUCACGGCAGUUACCAUUGUUGUGGUCGCUGUUCCCGAAGGUCUACCUCUGGCCGUGACUCUAUCGCUCGCCUACGCUACCAAGCGCAUGCUGAAAGACAAUAACCUGGUCCGCGUACUUCGAUCUUGCGAGACUAUGGGAAAUGCCACAUCCGUAUGUUCAGACAAAACGGGAACGCUUACUCAGAAUGUCAUGACCGUGGUUGCUGGCACUCUGGGUACAUCCAGCAGAUUUAGCAAUCGUGCCGGGCGGAACGCAGACAACAACGCCCCGGACCCGAACAAGGAUGUUCACGACGACGUGGAUGAUGUGUCCACCCCGGAGUUUAUUUCCACCAUCGCGAAGGAAGUCAAGGUGCUCUGGAAAGACAGCAUCGUCAUCAACUCCACGGCUUUCGAAUCGGACGACAACGGCAAACAAACGUUCGUAGGCUCAAAGACCGAGACUGCCAUGCUGGAUUUCUGCCGCGACUUUUUGGGUAUGGAGAAGGUCAGCGUGGAACGCAGCAACGCCGAGAUUGUCCAAAUGGUACCUUUUGAUUCUGGUCGCAAGUGCAUGGCUAUGGUAAUCAAGUUGCCCGACAACAGGGGUCACCGAAUGCUCGUGAAAGGAGCCAGUGAAAUCAUGCUCAGGCAUUGCUCGAAGAUCAUUCGCGAUCCUACAAAGGGUACCGAGACGACUGCGCUUUCUGAAGACAACAAGACGACCCUGACCAAGUUGAUUGACGCUUACGCUUCUCGCUCACUUCGUACGAUUGGCAUCAUCUGGAGGGACUUCGAAUCAACCGAGUGGCCACCUAAGGGCGUCAAGCGGGAUGAAGACGACAGAUCUCAGGCUUCGUUUGACGACACGUGCAAGCAGAUGAACUUCCUCGGCAUUGUCGGUAUCCAAGACCCACUUCGAGAAGGGGUUCCGGACGCUGUCAACGACUGCAUCAAAGCCGGAGUCUUCCCUCGCAUGGUCACAGGUGACAACAUCCUCACUGCGAAGGCUAUCGCCACGGAAUGCGGAAUCUACACUCCUGGUGGCGUUGCUCUCGAGGGCCCCGAGUUCCGCAAGAUGAGCAAGUCCGAGCAGAAGGCUGUCAUCCCCAAACUGCAAGUGCUCGCUCGCUCCUCGCCUGACGACAAGCGCACUUUGGUUAAGCGUCUAAAGGAGAUGGGUGAGACCGUUGCUGUGACCGGAGACGGCACGAACGAUGCGCCUGCUCUCAAGGCUGCCGAUGUCGGUUUCGCGAUGAAUAUUGCCGGAACCGAGGUUGCGAAGGAGGCCUCCGACAUUAUUCUCAUGGACGACAACUUCACUUCCAUCAUCAAAGCCCUGAUGUGGGGACGUGCGGUCAACGACGCCGUGCGGAAAUUUUUGCAGUUUCAGGUUACCGUCAACAUCACUGCCGUGCUGUUGGCUUUCAUUUCCGCUGUCUCCAAUGACGAUGAGCGGUCGGUCUUGACCGCCGUACAGCUUCUGUGGAUCAACUUGAUUAUGGACACCAUGGCGGCGCUUGCUCUUGCAACGGACCCUCCUACUCGUGCGAUCUUGGACCGAAAGCCAGAUCCGAAAUCUGCGCCCUUGUUCUCGACCUCGAUGUGGAAGAUGAUCAUUGGUCAGGCAAUCUACCAAUUAGUUGUUACCCUGGUCCUCUACUUUGCCGGUGCGCAUAUUCUGAACUACGACGCAAUCGAUGACCCAGCCGAGCGCGAGCACAAAACCAGACAGCUCCAAACUCUGGUCUUCAACACUUUCACGUGGAUGCAGAUCUUCAACGCGCUCAACAACAGACGUCUCGACAACCGCUUCAAUGUCUUCGAGGGCAUUCAGAACAACAUGUUCUUUGUUGGCAUCUUCCUCAUCAUGGUUGGUGGCCAGACUCUCAUUAUCUUCGUCGGUGGAUGGGACGCCUUUCAGGCUGAGAAGCAGACCGGCGCUCAGUGGGGUAUCGCUCUUGUGCUCGGCGUCAUAUCUCUUCCAAUUGGUGUUGUGGUCCGCUUGGUCCCCGACGAGUUGGCGGAACGCCUAGUCCCCAGGUUCAUAAAAGACUGGUCAAGGAAGAGCCGAGAAAACCGUGUGAUUGUCACCGACGAAGAGUCCGCUCCGAUUGGCUUCAAUCAAGCUCUUUAUGACAUCCAGGACGAGCUUGCAUGGCUCAAGAAAUACAAAGGUGGCCGUGUGAAUGCACUGAAGUUUACACUGUCCCAUCCCAAGGAGGUCUUGAUGCACAGCCGGAGUCCGAGCCGUAGUAGGGCCAGCUCGAGCUUGCCGCGGACGCCGAACAAUGAAAUCGAAACGGAAGAUUACGAGCAUUCUCCUGCGCCACCGACGCCAGAUUCGAGAUCGCGUAGACGGGGGCGGUCGAGGUCCAACUCGGCUUUUGGCCCCGCAGCGGCCAUGGCUGGUAUUGUCGCUGGAUCCAUCGCGGGUGGAUGGUCACCCAUAGAACGGAGACAAGGCGACAAUGACAGUCUGCGGUUUGCUCGCGAACGUUCAGUGAGCAAUUUGUCGCGCGAAUACAGGCUGGAUCCACACCCGGACACAAGCAAGAAGGACGAUGUCGUUGUCAAAGAAGAUCCUGUUGCUCAAGCGGGCGGUCCGCCUAGCCAGGCAACCACAACCACACCUGCUUUUGGCACGGGUCCAUUCUCUGGGGAGCCAAGCAGCUCCGCAGAUAAGAAAGGUGGCAAAGGAGAUGAUAAGGAGGAUGAUACCCUGAAAUGA